AUGCUUGGAAUGAAGAAGGAUGCCGCCUUUGAAGUCAGCUCGACCCAUCUACUCGACCAACCAGUCGAGUUCACCAACUCAACCGGCCAAGACCAACUGGAUCGAGCUGCAGAGUCAAAGUCAAACCCGAAAAAUAGUGACAACAAACUCUUAUGGAUUGAUAACCUCUUAUACUACAUUGACUAUGAUGUUAAAGAGGAAUUGAUUGAUUGUGAUUGCACCAUACCAUCUCAUCCUUAUUCCACCCUUGUUUGCAUUUCAUAUCAUAUCAUACACAUUUCAUUCCACCAUCACGCAAAUAUCCUUUCAUCAGUUGUACCACCACAAGCUGAAGAAGAUGAUGGCCUCCCCAAUUUCCAAGACCACUAUGAUGCUCUCUUUUCCAUGGAGUUUGUGGAAACCAAAUACCCUCAUGAUGAUACAAUGAAAGAGCUUGGGAUCUUUGUGGAUGUGGAGUUAGUCCUCACGAACAUGCACUUGGCCAAGUUCCUCUCUUACAGGAUGGAGUCAUAUAAGGACCUGACUUGUGAGUCCCUAGCUUCAUUGAGAUAUCACACGUACAGAAAGGUUGAAAGGAGAGACUUGGAAAGAGGAUUGGGUUGGAUCACCUUCACAGCUGAUGGUGUAGAGCGAGAGGUCACAUUCAUGCAUCUUGAAGUCUUGUUUGGAUUUAACUAUGGAGAAGGAACUGAGUGGAGUUUUGACAAGAAUGAUCUUCAAGGGGUUUGGAUCACAAUCGCUGAUGCUGUUUACUCAUCUUUAAGAUCUAAGGCUGCUCAAAUCAGGAGUCCAGUCCUUAGAUAUGUGCACAAGGCGCUGACCAACUCUUUCUUUGCAAGGAAGACCACAUGCACCAUCACUGAGGGAGAGCUCCAAAUGCUUGAUAUGGGGCUCAAAACAAUUCUCCCUUUCAUGAGAAAUGGAAAACACAUCCAUGGAGAUACCUCAGAUACUGAGACACUCAUUCCCUUCUUGGAUCAACUCUUGAACUACAAGGUCACAGCCUACAAUAAUCGCUUCAUGUCUAAGAGGAAGUUGAGUGUAGGAGGCCUUAUCACACCUAUCUUGCUAGCUGGAGGUGUAGAUACAACUCAUCAUCAGAGUACAGCGCCUGGUUGGAUGGAAAUUAAGUUUUGUAAGAUGCUCCUACCAAGCCCUGCCUACACAACCGUUAGAGAAGGAGAGAACUUUGAUUUUUGGCCACCACUUGACAUGCUUAUUGGGCAUGAAGCUGAGCAUCAAGCUGAGGAGCAAGCUGAACAAGCGCCUGAGCUUAUGGAGCAGGAGAUUCAAGCUAAUGAAGAGGUAGGCGAGCCUGAUUGCUACUACUUUGAUGAGUAUGAAGCUCCAAGGAUGAAUUCCUCUGUUUUGGCUGCUCACAAAAGGAUUGGACUUCUCCAAAAGUUCAACAAGUGGCAAAGGAAGGCCAUGGAGAAGAUGCAGAAGUCCAUGGACAAGAUGGUGAACAAAAUUAAGAGUUUGGAGAAGAAAGUCAAGGGAUCUUCAUCAAAGAAGUCCAAGGCAACUUCCACACCUCCUUUCCUUAGGAGUCGCUAUGUUCUCACCCAACCAAGGAAAAUCCCAGCUCAAGAACCUCCCAGAGCCUUGUUAUACGAGCCAAGAGAAGCAGAAGCCAGUAGACAGCGGAGGAGAAGAAGUUCUAGAACCCGCCGUUCUGACUCCACCAACAAACUUGAUCGAGCCCAAGCAGAUGAACCUCAACUCGAUCGAGUUGAGGAUCAAGUUGAGCUAGAGGAGCCACAGUAG